GUCAUCGUGUAAUCUUAAUGUAAAUUGUAAGGUGCCAGCUCUAAUAAGAAUUAGCUAUUAGGUUAUGUCUCACGCAACUUAAGCUUUUGUACCACAUAAACAAUAAAAUUAAGCAAUAAUGAAGAUUUAUACGAACGAUAAUAAUACCGCAACAUUAAAGUUGCUAAUAGCGGCUAAUUUGGCCGGCAAAAAGAUAGAACUACAGAAAGCAAGAAUUGAAGACGUGUCCGCAGGGCCGAAGGCGCUGCCAGUGCUGGAGGUGGAUGGCCAGCUCAGUUUCUUCAGCAGUAAUGCUGCAGCACAAUAUUUAUUUCCAAUUUUAGAUCUUUCUGAAAAUGGACAAUGUCAACAGAUGCAAGAAUGGGAAGCAACACGCUUACAGCCAACAACAGCAGCGGUGUUGAUGAGCAAGUCUGUCCCGUGUGACCUCAAGCAAGCACUGAACUCACUACUCUUGAUAGUUGAUGGACUUUUAAAGACACAUAAAUAUAUUAUUGGGGAUAAACUCUCGGUCGCCGAUAUAACAGUAUGGAGCACCCUGUAUCCAUUAUGCUAUAACAAGGAUCUUCAAAAGCAAUAUUUAGCGGAAUGCCCCAACAUUAUGAAAUGGGCCGAUGAGCUAGGAUCAGCUAAAGCUAUUCAGGAAGCGGUGAAGCAGUGGGGAGGCUCGGUAGAGGGUCCGUUCGGGCCGACUUCCGCUUUGGGCAUACCGCAAUUCACGAACAUGGUCUCCCCUGUUGGGUCCCCGGAAUCUCAGGACAACACCGUCACAGCAGAUGAAAUAGAAGCGGCAAAAGAGAAUUACAUCAACGGCGUUAAGAACUUACAGGAGCCUUUGAAACCACAGGAAGUCAUCUUACCGGUGAAAGGUCGGAAGAACGUGCUGAUAACGUCCGCCCUGCCCUACGUGAACAACGUGCCGCACCUCGGGAACAUCAUCGGCUGCGUGCUCUCCGCGGACAUCUUCGCCAGGUAUUGUCGCAUGUGUGACUACAACACGCUGUUCAUAUGCGGCACGGACGAGUAUGGAACGGCUACAGAAACGAAGGCUCUCGAGGAAGGCGUGACGCCGCGUGAGAUCUGCGACAAGUACUACACGAUACACGAGGCGGUGUACCGCUGGUUCGAUAUCGGGUUCGACUAUUUCGGCAGGACGAGCACGCCGGAACAGACCGAGAUAGCCCAGAAGAUGUUCCUGAAGCUGCUCGACAACGGGUUCAUCGGCACGCAGGCGGUGGAGCAGCUGUACUGCGCGCGCUGCGAGCGGUUCCUGGCGGACCGGUUCGUGGAGGGCACGUGUCCGCACGCGGGCUGCGGGUACGACGGCGCGCGCGGCGACCAGUGCGACGCGUGCGGCCGCCUCGUCUGCGCCGCCGAGCUGCGCCGCGCGCGCUGCAAGCUGUGCGCCGCGCCGCCCGAGCUGCGCGCCAGCGAGCAGAUGUUCCUCGAGCUGGGGCAGCUGGAGGCGGCGCUGCGCACGUGGGCGGCGCGCGCGCGCGCGGGCUGGUCGGCGGCGGCGCGCGCGGCGGGCGGCCCGUGGCUGCGCGACGCGCUGCGCGCCCGCGCCGUCACGCGCGACCUGCGCUGGGGCGUGCCCGUGCCGCUGCCCGCCUGGCAGCACAAGGUGUUCUACGUGUGGUUCGACGCGCCGAUCGGCUACCUGAGCAUCACGCAGUGCGCCACCGGGGACUACGAGAAGUGGUGGAAGAAGGACAAGGAUUAUGACGUGAAGCUGUACCAGUUCAUGGCGAAGGACAACGUGCCAUUCCACGUGGUCAUGUUCCCCGCCACCGUCAUCGGAGUCAACGAGGGUCACUUGCUGGUCGACCACGUGUUUGCCACCGAGUACUUAAACUACGAGGAUGGCAAAUUUUCGAAAUCGCGUGGAGUCGGUGUGUUUGGAACUGACGCACAGGAAACCGGUAUACCAGCGGACGUUUGGCGGUUCUACCUCGCCAGCAUCCGGCCGGAGACGUCCGACUCCAGCUUCAGCUGGGCGGAACUCGGUACCAGGAACAACUCCGAGCUGCUCAACAACCUGGGCAACUUCUGCCACCGCUCGCUGAGCUUCUGCGCCAACUCGUUCCAGGGAGUGGUGCCCGACGCGCCGCUGUCGGCGCCGCACUACGAGCUGUUCGCGCUCGUCAACCGGGAAGUCGUCGGGUUCGUGCAGCACAUGGAGAAGGGCCGUCUGCGGGAGGCGCUCCGCUGUGUGCUGUCCGUGUCGCGGCUGGGUAACCAGCACAUGCAGAGCAGCCAGCCCUGGAUGCUGCUGCGGGGAGACGAAGACGACAAGGCCCGCGGCGCGGCGUCGGUGUCGGCGUGCUGCGCGCUGGUGGCGCUGCUGGCGGCGCUGCUGGCGCCCUUCAUGCCGCGCACGGCCGCUCGCCUGCGGGAACAGCUGCGCCUGUCUCCGGAGCAGCUCAAGAUCAACCCCACGAAUCCAUCGCUAAUCCGGUACUUACCGCCCGGUCACGUGAUCGGCAAGCCGGAGCCGCUGUUCGCAAAGCUGGAACCGGAAAUGUUGGAAAAACUCAAAGCGAAAUACGCGGGAACGCAGAGCGAGAGAGCCAAGAGGCAAAACGGCGAAGUAAAAGGUGCAGCACCCGCCAGUGUGGCUGAUUUAGAAGCGGCCGUAGCAGCUCAGGCAGAUAAAGUCCGUCAAAUCAAGUCAUCGACGAAAGACAAAGCGGUCGUGCAGCCGGAAGUGGAUAAACUGCUCGCUUUGAAGAAACAGCUCGCAGCCGCGCAGGCGCAGCGCGCUCCCGGCGGCGCUGACGGCGCUACCGGCGCUACCGGCUUGGAAAAAGCCAUCGCGGAACAGGGUGAAAAAGUUCGAAAGUUGAAGGCAUCGACGAAAGACAAAUCAGUUUGGCAACCGGAAGUUAAUGCGCUGCUCGCUCUCAAGAAACAGCUCGCGGACUCGCAGCCGGCGGCCGGCAGCGUCGCCAGCGUCGCCAGCUUGGAGAAGGCCAUCGCCGAACAGGGCGCGAAAGUGAGACAGCUGAAGGCGUCAACGAAAGACAAGUCCGUCUGGCAACCGGAAGUGAACGUCCUCUUAGAUCUCAAGAAACAGCUCGCAGCGUUACAAGUCAACAAAUAGAAUUAUAUGUAUUAUAAAUAUGUUUAUAAAUAUAUACCAAUAAAUUAAAUGCAUUGAAGACAAAUUAAAUAACAAACUCAUCACAGUAGGUUACCGGAACCUCUAAACUAACAUCCGGUGUAUGGAGACGGCAUGAAAAAAUAAGAUUAUAAGAAAAGUUUUCUUACACAACGAUACUAGCCAAGAGCGCAGAUAUAUUGUAGUGAUACGAACACUACUAACUUAUGUAAGUGAGUUAAAUAACCUCACUUACAUAAUCCUAUGGGAGGGUGGUUACCCUCGUGUUGUCCGAGGCACGGGAGUGUAACACUCAUUACGAGCUCCGAGCUGUUACUGAAAAUUUCUUGCUAGAAAUCUGACUCUGUAUACCCAAUAAGCACACUUGAUGAAUAAGGUAGUUAAAUAAUUUGAUAAUGACAGUAAUCUUUAUUGAUAAAAACUUACACUGUCAAUUCAUAAAGUAAAGUAACAGACUGAAAAUGUCCCACUGCUGGGCUUCGUCCCUUCUCCCUUUGAGGAGGCUGGGAGCUUAUUUCACCAAGCUGCUGCAAUUCCAAAAAAAAACAAAAUGCUUUAACAUUAUUUUAAUUGUUUUACUAACCCUUCCUCUAUAUAUAUGAAAACUUUAAUCAACACAUUCAAUGUCUAAGAAAAAGUGUAUUUAUGAAAAGUAUAAUGUUUAAAACAAAUCCGUGUCCGGGUCUGGCACUCUACUGAGAACAGAGAAUUACGUACUAAACGCAGAACGAAGAUUUGGAACGUUACGAGCGGAAAUAUAUUCGUUCCUGUGACGUUGUGUUCACUACAAUUUAGCGUAAUAUUUAUUAUUUUGUAUUAAAAUUGGUAAUAAACAAAGUAUUGCAUUGUUUUA